UCCCAAUCACCGGAAACCCAAAAUAAGAACCAACUUCUAUCUUGUGAAAUCUCCUUCUUUUCUGUCUGCAGUCUUUAGAAAUAUCCGAAAAUUUUGUUGGUGAAGAGAACUUGCAAAACCGAUGGCUUCGACAAGUGCCGUGACUGCUCAAAUAUCAAAUCUGCAUGGAGUCACUCACUGGAAGAAGCCCAUCCCUUCUUCUCUCGCCCUUGGUAAUCUUAAUUUCAGUACAAAUCUAGCUGGUAAGCAGUUUUUAUCAUCGUCAGGUCAUCGAAAAUCUGGGCGUAGCUAUAAAUCUCUACGUGUAUAUGGUCUGUUUGGAGGAAAAAAGGAAAAUGGUGAGAAGGGUGAUGAUGCACCUUCCAAGGCAGGAAUUCUUGGAAACAUGCAAAACCUCUAUGAGACAGUGAAGAAAGCACAAAUGGUUGUCCAGGUUGAGGCUGUGCGUGUGCAAAAAGAGCUUGCCGCAGCAGAGUUUGAUGGCUACUGUGAAGGUGAACUGAUAAAGGCCACAUUAUCUGGAAACCAGCAACCUGUACGCAUAGAGAUUACUGAGGCAGCAAUGGAAUUGGGUCCAGAAAAGUUGUCUGUGUUAGUUAAUGAAGCAUACAAGGAUGCGCACCAAAAAAGUGUCCAGGCCAUGAAGGAAAGGAUGAGUGAUCUUGCACAAAGCUUAGGAAUGCCACAAGGUCUCGGUGAGGGAUUAAAGCAAUGAUGAUCUCUCAACUGGCACCUAGAUGAGCUUAGUGAGGGGAUUAAAGCAGUAAUGAUCUCUUGACUGGCACCUGGAUGAGCUAGUUUCAAUUUUGUAUACAAACCAAUGCAGAAACACUCGUUUUACACUUAUUACUUUGAAUUUGCAAAGUCAUUCAGCUUUAAUAUUUGAACUGAGUAGAGCAAGACUGUUUGGAAGAUUUUGAUUUU